AUGACUCCACCCAUCGUGUUCCCUGCUCUCAGCCCCUCCCAAGCUUCAUUAUGGCUCCACCCAUCGUGUUCCCUGCACUCAGCCCCUCCCAAGCUUCAUUAUGGCUCCACCCAUCGUGUUCCCUGCACUCAGCCCCUCCCAAGCUUCAUUAUGGCUCCACCCAUCGUGUUCCCUGCACUCAGCCCCUCCCAAGCUUCAUUAUGGCUCCACCCAUCGUGUUCCCUGCACUCAGCCCCUCCCAAACUUCAUCAUGGCUCCACCCAUCGUGUUCCCUGCACUCAGCCCCUCCCAAGCUUCCUUAUGUCUCCACCCAUCGUGUUCCCUGCACUCAGCCCCUCCCUAGCUUCGUUAUGGCUCCACCCAUCGUGUUCCCUGCACUCAGCCCCUCCCAAGCUUCGUUAUGGCUCCACCCAUCGUGUUCCCUGCACUCAGCCCCUCCCUAGCUUCGUUAUGGCUCCACCCAUCGUGUUCCCUGCACUCAGCCCCUCCCAAGCUUCGUUAUGGCUCCACCCAUCGUGUUCCCUGCACUCAGCCCCUCCCAAGCUUCGUUAUGGCUCCACCCACCGUGUUCCCUGCACUCAGCCCCUCCCAAGCUUCAUGAUGGCUCCACCCAUCCCCCUCCCAAGCUUCGUUAUGGCUCCACCCAUCGUGUUCCCUGCACUCAGCCCCUCCCAAGCUUCAUUAUGGCUCCACCCAUCGUGUUCCCUGCACUCAGCCCCUCCCAAGCUUCAUUAUGGCUCCACCCAUCGUGUUCCCUGCACUCAGCCCCUCCCAAGCUUCGUUAUGGCUCCACCCAUCGUGUUCCCUGCACUCAGCCCCUCCCAAGCUUCGUUAUGGCUCCACCCAUCGUGUUCCCUGCACUCAGCCCCUCCCAAGCUUCGUUAUGGCUCCACCCAUCGUGUUCCCUGCACUCAGCCCCUCCCAAGCUUCGUUAUGGCUCCACCCAUCGUGUCUCUUUUGUAA